CUCCGUUUUUCAACCCUAGCCAAAGGCACAAAAUCCAGCCGUUCCAUCAAAACACGGCGAAAAGAUAUGAUACGGUGAUUCAUAUGCAGUGUUUGAGGGGGGAGCAAGAAGGUGAAGAGAGCUGAACACCGAGGAAAUGGUUCAGCUGGGAGGAAGAUAGAGAUUCCGACAAAAUACUUAUGUUAUUCCAUAAUUCUGCCAAGAAUCCCAACAGGAAUAAUAUAUUUUAAUAUGACAAUUGGCUUAAUUAACCUACCCAAAUAUCACACUUACUCCCCGUAACUAGAGAAAAAAAUACGACAGUAGGCAAAAAUAUUUUUUAUUUUCAGCCUUUAGAGGUUGAUAGUGAGGGUGUAGUUUCAGGUAAAAAAAUACAGGAAUCGGUUAGCUUGUUAAUCUUUUUAUGAGGUUGGAAAAAUGACACCCCCUAUUAAUUAUGGAAUUAAAUUUGUGUUGCAUUUAAUAAUCUUUGGGAAUUAAAAACGCAUAUUAAUUAAGUUUUUUUUUUAACUACCAUUGUACUGAUACAACUAUCAUUCUACAUGUACACCGAACUCAUAUUAAUCACAUUCCUUUCUUUGAACUACCAUUGCACAUUUGCACUGAUACAACUAUCAUUGCACAUUUACAUUGAUACCAUUGCACUGGUAGAACUACCAUUGCACUGAUACAACUAUCAUUCUACCAUUGCACAGAUUAUUAAAUGCAACACAAAUCAAUUACCUUAAAAGUCUAUAAUUAAUAGGGGUGUCAUUUUUCCAACCCUUUUAGGGGUAGUCAUGCUAUCUCACCCCAAAAAUACGAUGAAUAUUCGGUAAUAUAAUAAGAAAAACUAUUUUUUCAUGUAAAGAUGAUAUGAGGGUCGUUCGGGUGACCUACAACCCACCCAUCACCCAUCGAUAAGUGCAGGUAGGAGAUUUAUUGAUUCACAAUCCAUCCACAUCAAUCACUCGUACACUGCAAUUUGGAUUAUUUGUGGGUGAAUGGAUAUCAAACCAUGGAUUACCCAUCCACAUUCCCACCCUUACUUCUAAGUAAAAAGCUACUAGGUUUACUCUCUGGUCCUCCCAUCCUAUGUACCUAGCACCUCUCGAAUCUGGAAAACUAUAAGCAUACGUCAUCAUACCCUAGUCCAACCAUGUGCCCCUUUUAGGUUUGGGUGCCAAUCAACCUUCUGCCUAGUCCAUUCCACACAACGGCGAAUCCAGGAUAGGAUAAAGCACUAGGCCACAUUAGAAAAAGAGGCGGAAAGCACUGGACCGUAAUCCGACAAACACUAAAACAAAUACUGAAAAUCAAAAAUUUACAAGGAUAUACUAGCUUUGGAUCCAGGGGAGGGUUGAGCCAUGGCCCGGGGGCGUCCCCCUAGAUCCGCCGCUGAUUCCACACCACCAAGACAUGGGCUACUAAAACAUGGGGUUAAAAAACUCGAGUAGUUUGAUUGGCCAAUCAGACUCGACACUGUUAACUUGCCCACCUUCCCCAAACAAUUGAUUUGCCACAAUUUAGGAAUGAGUCAGCUUCCCAAUCCACCCAACCGAUUUAAGCCCGAUCCUCUUCUUAGCACUGUGCUUUGGAGACCUCCUUGAGCUCAACCUCGCCUUAGUGUCAUCUCUUUUGUUUUUGUUCUUUCCAUUUUCAGGAUCUAUUUGAGCCAUAACCUACUUUAGGGUGGGCAAGAGACCCCCACCCUUGCUUUCGCACGCAUCUUCUGCAUCAACGUCAUUGAACUCGCCAAUAAGAAAGGCACCACUGCCCUUGGUAACUAAAAUACCCCAACUUUUGAUUCCUACAACUCUUUAUAGCUAACAUCAUCAAGGCAAAGCCUUUUUGCCAUGCACGGUACUACACUAGCAUGUCUUCCUAUGUUGCCUUUAGUUUCUCCUCCGCCGAAUGGUCCUCUUGUUUAGCAUUUGUCAAAAUACCAAUUUUGUGUCUAGAACUUCAAGAUCUCUACGUAUGUCAUGCAAUAGAUUUAUGUCUAGUGGAACCUGGAUAGCUUUGCUCUUGUCCAUAGCUCUUGUUAGAUCGGAUCAGGAAAUUGACAAUGCAAGAAAGUAAAGGACACAGAUUUACGUGGUUCACUAACAUAAUGUGUGUUAGCUAUUCCACGGGCAUAUACUUUUCCUUCCAUCUGAUGGUAUAAAAUCUGUCUUCAGUCAUAACAACAAUUCUAACUUGAUUUGAACUCUCCCUGAAACUACCAUAUGUAUUUAGACUCCCCUUUUGCCUUUGAAUACCCCUAAGGGCAUGAACCAAUCAGAACAUUCAGCAAGUUCAAGCAGUGUUAGAACUUUCCAUGUGGAACCGGUUUCAUGAAUGUAUAACCAAGAUUAUCAACAGUCCCACUUUCUUAACUAGAAUCCUCUUCUCUGUUCUCAUGAAAUGAUACCUCAAAUCUAUGUGCUUAGUCCUGUCAUGAUGGAUUGAUCCUUAGCCAAGCAUAUUGCACCCAGACUGUCACAAUAAACCACAACUUGAUCAUGAUGUAAACCCAUAUCACUAACCUGCCACUUCAGCAAUAUUCCCUCAUUAUCAGCUUUUGUAGUCAUAGAUCUCCUAGUGUCAAAAUCUUAAGCAUAAUCAAAAAUUGAAAAGUCAGCCACUAAGCACUUCCAAAACUGAUUCCCACAUCAGACAUACCUUUAAGGUACCAGAAAAUCAUCUUCACAGCUUGCUAAUGUUCCUUCCUAGGUUGCACCAUGAACUGGCGGACAGUACUAACAACAAGUACAAUCAGGUCUUGGACCAUAGCAUACAUCAAGCUACCUACUAUACUAGAUGAUGUGACUCGAGACUUAUACUUUGCAUCAAUUAGCAUAUCAUCUACGUACAGAACCAGAUAAAUCAUGAAACCAUCAUCAGUCUUGUUGUGACAUACACAACAAUCAUAUAGACUUCUGUCGUAGUCUAGUCCAGUCAUGUAUCAGUCAGACCUCUUGGACUACUGUCUUGUAGAUUGAUUUAGUCCAUACAAUGACUUAUUCAAUUUAAAAACAUUAUCUUCUUUGCCUGGAACCUGGAAUCCAUCUGAUUGAGUCAUAUAAAUCUCUUCUUCUAGCACCCUGUAUAGAAAAGUUGUAUUCACAUCUAGUUGCUCAAUCUCCAAGUCCUUAUGUGCAACUGUUGCUAGUACACCCAUAUAUAGUAUGUUCAGCCAUUGUGAGAAAUAUCAUUGUAAACAACACCUUCUUUAUGUAUGAAGCCUCUUGCAACAAGCCAAGCUUUAAAUUUAAUGCCCUCUGCAAAUGAUAUCACUUCCUUAUACUUGAAGAUCCACUUGUUUGUAUCAUCCUCCCAUGUGGUCGUCUGACUAGCGCCCAACUCUUAUUCCUAUCAAUGGACUCCAUCUCAUUUAUCAACAAACCAUUAAGGAGAUUCGCCACACAAAACAACCUCUGUGUAGGUAAGAGGCUUACUCAUAUCCACAUAUUCAGCAAACUGGAAAGCAUAAACCACCAUAUAUCCUCAAAGUCAUACCUCAUUGAAGGUAUUCAUGCACUUUCUCUCUUUGGUCUAUCAGAAGCUAUAGACGGUUGAGCCUGUGCAUUGGACUCUUUGGUCUAUCAGAAGCUAUCGACGGUUGAGCAUGUGAAUUGACACAUAAGAAACAUCCACAUGUUUAUUUUCUCCACCUUGAUGUUGUACAUGAAUUUCUAUAGUGUUUUGGAGCUUUGCCUGAUUAUCAACAUUCCUACCAUCUUUUGAAACAAUAACCUUCAACGUGGAGUUAAACAUGAAUUUCUCAUUAAAUAUUUCCUAUUAAGUGUAACUUUAUGCUCAUAAGGUGAUCAAAUUAAACAUGAAGUCCAUAUGAUUGUUGUGUGUAUCACAACAAGGUGGAGGAUGGUUCGAUGAUCUAUCUUGUUCUUUAUGUAGAUGAUAUGCUCAUAGCCGGGAGGUCAAAGUCUGAUAUCCAGAAGUUAAAGGGGCUUCUCAGUGCUGAGUUUGAGAUGAAAGAUUUGGGAGCUGCUCAGAAGAUCUUGGGUAUGGAGAUUUACAGGGACAAGUCGAAGAAGAAGCUUUUCUUGUCACAGAAGACCUACAUCCAGAAGAUACUGUCGAGGUUUGGCAUGUCUUCAACAAAUCCCUUAAAUACUCCUAGUGUUUCAAAUGUUCAUCUAUCCUCAGCCUAUGCACCGCAGUCAGAGGCUGACAAGGAGUACAUGUCGAGAGUCCCAUAUGCUAGUGCAGUAGGUAGCUUGAUGUACGCUAUGGUAUGCACUAGACCUGAUCUUGUACAUGCUGUUAGUGUUGUCAGCAGGUUUAUGAUACAACCUGGGAAGGAGCAUUGGCAGGCUGUGAAGAGGAUCUUCCGGUACCUUAAGGGUACACCUAAUGUGGGGAUUAGCUUCAGAAGUGAUACAGAGUGCUUAGUGUCUGGGUAUUCUGACUCGGACUAUGCUAGAGAUGUUGACAUGAGGAGAUCGAUGACCGGUUAUGUAUUCACUCUUGGGAGUUAUGUAGUGAGCUGGAAGGCAACUUUGCAGUCGGCGGUGACAUUGUAUACUACUGAGGCAGAGUAUAUGGCGUUGACAGAAGCUGCUAGGGAGGGAAUAUGGUUGAAGGUACUGGUUGGUGAUCUUGCUCUACAUCAUGAUCAGGCAGUGGUGUAUUGCGACAGUUUGAGUGCAAUAUGCUUGGCCAAGGAUCAAUUCCACCAUGAGAGGAAUAAUCACAUCGACGUGAGGUAUCAUUUCUUGAGGACAGAGAAGAGGAUUAAGGUGAAGAAGGUUGCCACCGCGGAUAAUCCUGCUGAUAUGUUCACGAAGCCGGUUCCACAUGGCAAGUUCCAACACUGCUUGGACUUGCUGAAUGUCUUGAGUGGGUGACUCCGCCAUGCGGGGCAUUGAUGGCGGGAGAGAGAGAUAGAAGGAGCAGAGUACAUCAGAGAUUUCAGAGGAAGAGGAUUCAAGUCAAGGUGGAGAUUUGUUGAUGUGACUUGAAUCGGACUAUCAGCGAGUGGGGUCCAGGGGCAACGCCCCGGUGGGGGUGCGGGGGCAACGCCCCCGGCCCACGGUGUAUGGGCUCAAUUUUAUUUGGGUUCGGGUUCUAGGCCUGGUCUGUAACCGUUUCCUUUGCCAUAUUGGAUUAGGUUUAGACCCACAUGGAGAAGUACUAUAAAUACUUCUCAUACUC